AUGGAUGGACGUCGCUAUAAUGUAAUGACAACAAAUAUUGCGGAGUCAAUCAACUCAGUCCUUAGGUUCGCAAGGAUGCUGCCAGUAGUUCAUUUGAUAGGGAAAAUUAUUAAUCUCCUUGUGAAAUGGUUCACUGAACGUCGUGAGUUGGAUUUGAAUUGCACCACAACAUUGUGCCCCAAUUUUGGAGAGAAGAAGUUGAGGAAUAGGUUGGAGGAUGCUACAAGGAUGGAUGUGGUUAAAGUAAAUAAUGCAUAG